AUGUCAAAACGAAAAUUCGAAGGUGAAUUCCAACGAAUGGGUUCCAUCGGUGAUAAUAAAGAUAGUUUUAUUCGUAACACUCAAGAAACAGACAAUUAUCAAUCAGAAGUUGAUCCUAAUGAUCGCAUUUCUGUUGAAUUAUGGAAUAAAUUCAAUGAAGAAGAUAUAAAAAAUAUGCCUAUGAUUGAUGAUUAUUCCAAUGAACAUACAGCUGCACAAUGGUUAACAUGGUAUGUUCGUAUUGCACAACGAUAUAAUCAAAUAGAUAGUCAUCUUGGUUGGAAUUUUUUAACAAAUAUAAAUGAAGAAAAUCAGGAAGCAUUGAUUAAUCAAACUCUAAUUCGAGCACCAUUUACUAAAUUAUCUUUAACAGCAGCAAAAAAAUUCAAUGAAUAUAUGAAAUAUUCUCAAAAUGAAGAUUUAAAACGUAUAUUCGGUCGUUUAGCAUUAGGUACAAUUAAUAAUAAUGAAGACGAUUUAAAAAGAACUUCUCAAUUACAAGCAGAAUUAGAAGAUAUUUAUGCAACAACAAAAGUUUGUGAAUCAAAUGAUCCUGAAAAAUGCUAUACACUUUCACCAUACUUAGAACGAUCAAUGCAAAUUGAAAAAGAUUAUGAUCGUUUAAUAUGGGCAUGGAAAGGUUGGCAUGAUAGUUGUGGAAAUAAAGUUCGACCUGUUUAUAUACCUUAUAUCAAUCUAUUGAAUAAAAAUACUAAAGAAAAUGGAUAUAAAGAUCUAUCUGAACCAUGGAUUGCAGAGUAUGAGAUGGGUGAUACUGAAGAAUUUGAAGAAAUUAUUGAUCAACUUUUAAAUGAUACUAUACCAUUAUAUGAACAAUUACAUGCUUAUGUUCGAGGUCGCUUAUGUUCAAUAUACCCAAAUCGUUUUAAUUGUCAUGGACCUAUUCCAGCUCAUAUUCUCGGUAAUAUGUGGGCUCAACAAUGGAAUGAUCGUUUCGAUGAUUUAAUUCCUUAUCCUGAUGCUCCACUUGUUAAUAUUACAGGAGCAUUAAUUGAAAGAGGAUAUACUGUUCAUCGGAUGUUUACAACAGCUGAAUCAUUCUUUACUUCAAUUGGUCUUUAUCCAAUGACACCAAAAUUCUGGAUUCGUAGUUUAUUUGAAAAACCAACCGACCGUGAUGUUGUUUGUCAUGCAUCUGCACAUUUUAUGCAAUAUCAAGAUGAUUUUCGUGUUAAAAUGUGUACUGAAGUCAACGAUGAUCAUUUUGAUACAGUUCAUCAUGAAUUAGGACAUAUAGAGUAUUUCAUGGCUUAUGAUAGAAAUCAACCCUAUGUUUAUCAAGAAGGAGCUAAUGCAGGUUUCCAUGAAGCCAUUGGAGAUACAAUUGGUAUCUUUGCAAUAUCACCGACACAUUUAAUAACGUUGGGUUUUCUUGACGAAAAUGUUGUCAAUUCACAUUAUGAAAUUAAUUAUCUUUUACGUUUAGCAUUACAAAAAGUUGCUUUUCUACCGUUUGCUUAUGUUAUGGAUAAAUAUCGAUUUUUACUUUUUCGUAAUGAAAUUGAUCACGAAAAUGAUGAAUUGAAUUCAAUAUGGUGGACACUGCGAAUUAAACAUGGUGGUAUUAUGCCGCCUGUACCUCGAAACGACAAAGAAAAUUUUGAUGCAGGCGCCAAAUAUCAUAUACCAUCGAAUGUUCCCUAUUUAAGAUAUUUUAUUGCUCAUAUCCUUGAAUUUCAAUUGUAUCGCAGUAUGUGUCAACUGCAAGGUGUUACAGAACGAUUUCAUAUGUGUGACAUAUAUGGAAAUAAACAUGUUGGAGAAAAAUUGAAAGAUAUGUUAGAUAUGGGAAAUUCAAAGUCAUGGCCAGAAGUUUUACAAAGCUUAAAUGGGGAGACCAAAUUAGAUUCGGGAGCAAUAUUAGAUUUUUUUCAACCAUUAUAUGAAUGGUUGAAAAAGGAAAAUGAUGCAAGAGGUUAUCCAGUCGGAUGGGAUUAA